AAGCCACACAAAAUGAAGAUCGGAACGAAGCAGCUGUCCAUCUUCUCACCCGAGAGGAAGAUGAACAUCUACAUGUACUGAGCAUCAUCAGCGUCUGGUGAAGAAGAUUAGACAAGGCGAGGACCAGUUUCAACCCCAGAUUGAGUGGAUAUGAUCUCUUUCCGAUCCUUCCUUUUGCUGCUGCUUGCGGGACAAUGCAUUUUCUCGGAUGGUCUACCCUGGGGAAGUCUCCUGCAGACCACCUACUCAAGUCAACGCUACCAAAGAUCCUCCAAGCCUCUUUUCCUGGCAAGAUUCGGUGCUCAGGCAUCGUUGGUUUGGAAUGGCACUACGAUCCUCGAUCACAACGUUACUGGUGGGGCUUUCGUGGCGGACAAAGGCAAUGACAGCGACUUCGAAGACACCAAUGACGACAGCGACUUCGAAGACGCCAAUUGCAGCGACGGCGGGGAAUGCAGCAGCGACAAUGAAAGUGUUGAUGAGACUACAGCUAUCAGCAGUGAUUUGAGAAUCCUGAAGGAUAGACUCAAACAGGCAGUCACAGAACAGCUUCGAUCUAUUCCUUCUCUGAGGGAAUUCCUGGACAGCCCAGAAGAAGAAAGUUCUACCACAGCAGACUCCUCCUCCAUUGCCAACGACGACGACGACAAUACAGAGUGGAGCUUUCUUUCCCGAGUGUUUUUCACCACCAAAAACAGCAAAUUGGCAAAUACUCUCACGGAACAGAUCCAAGCCUUCAAGGAACGAAAUUCCGUCAACUCUACUUUUGAUUUUGUAGGAGCUGUAAGUCCUCGCUGUUGUCGUCGCUGUUGUGUCAACCAGAGGGUAUCAUUGAUACACCGUGGGGGCCACUCAGAGGCUGCUAGUCUUGUUGCACCCCUGAGCGGUUGGGAUAUGCUGGCACGGAAUAUCGCCCUGACAGCGGGAAAGAUUGUCCUCUUCCAAUGUCUUGUCUCCUUUUUGGCGAUGCGCGAGAUGCAUUGGGUUGAGCAGUUUGCAGAUCGAAUUUUGAGCAAAGAAACUGCCACGGCUGUCAAGACCAUCCGUACCAUACUCACCAACAUGGAAGAUCACGGUGUCGUAGACGUCUUUUCCAAGUAUUCCUCACAAGACGUGGCGGCAGCUCUCUAUUGCCUCUACCGUUUGCAACGAGCCACCAAACGAUACGAAACUCUACUCGACCUGCAGGAGCCCGAUCGCCACCCGGAAGACCUGCUGCAUGUUUUGGAAGAUCUGUCUCAUUAUGUAGUCUAUGCGAACGCUGCCUAUGGAUGGAAAAUGGAUCUCGCCUUUAAGCGAAAACUUCAUCUUGGAGAUGAACAAGCCCUCAUGAAAAAGACUGGGAUACAACAGGAAGAUAUCCUAAAGCUAAGCUUGAAGUCCAAAGCUCAUGUUCCGGCAUACUUCUUGGUGCGAGAUCGUCGUCAAAAGGCACUGGUUCUGGGUGUCCGCGGGACUUGGUCGGCCGCAGAUGUCUUGACCGAUCUAUGUUGCACAGCAGAAGAAUAUAAAGGGCCAUCUGAUGAUGGUAGUAGAGGUGAUGAUGGUGAAUCUACACGACAACAAUACCGAGCCCAUCAUGGCAUGUUAGAGGCCGCCAUGGCGGUUGCAAUUGACAUGGAAGACAUGAUUGAAGAGGAGUUAAGGGCCAACCCUGACUACUCAUUAGUGCUAGUCGGGCAUUCCAUGGGGGCUGGUGUAGCCUCAUUGUUAGCGACGUUUUGGGAAGAAAAGUUCCCCAACAUGAAAACGUAUCUGUUCGGCGGUCCCUGUGUUGCUCCGCUGGACUGUCAUCCAACCAACAAUCCUUCCAUCAUCAAUGUCAUCAGGGAAGGAGAUCCUUUCCGCUGUCUGAGUUUGGGGCAUGUUGCUGAUGUGUCCGCUGUCGUGUCUCUUUUGUGCGAAGAACCUGACUUGCGACGAGAUAUUCUGGCGCGGGCAGAGGGACGUAUCGACGAGAUGGAGUAUGAAGAUCUAAAAUUUUGCUGGGAGACAACGGAAGACUUGCGAGAGAACGUCAUGACAAACCCGAACAAAAUGUAUCCGCCAGGACGGAUUUUUCACCUGAAGAAGCAAUCUAAGAAAGAUUCAGAUAACUUUGAUGAUUCUGAUACGGAAGACGACAACAUACGCUGGGCAAAAUCAGGUGAUUCACACAACGUUCUCAUACACGAAGUGGGACCACAGUUCUUUUCUGAGCUCCUAAUCCGUCCUCGAAUGUUCGAUAUUUCGAGGCACCUUCCGUCGUUGUACGAAGACAUGCUCAGAGAUGUCACCGAAAUCGAGAGACUUCGCAGCGCAGAAAUAGAUUCAAAUCGAUGA